AUGGUUUCGUUAGAUGGUGACGGUGAAAUGGUGAUCUUCAUAGGAAGAUGUAAAUGUUGCCUUAAUGAAGGAGAUUUAAAAAAUAUGUGGACGCCUUAUACAUUUGAAGAAGAAACCGAAAUUUAUGGAGUGAUGUUGACAGAAUGUUUUGCUCUAUCAUGGCAGCAACCAGACGACAACAUGAAGUAUAUGGAUAUGAUAUGCACCUCUUGCAUCUCUCGGUUACGUGAUGCAUUUGCCUUCAAAAGAGAAGUCUUAGUGAGUGAAGAAGUGCUGCGUGAAAAUCAAGAUGAAUUAUUUCUUCAUACCACAGUGAAAGUGGAGAAAAAUUUAGAAGAGGAAGAAGAAGAAGUCAAGUUUAGUGAAGUGGAAUACCUAGAGAUCCCAGACAGUUUAAACAAAGAGGAAUUAUGUGAAGAACAGUUAUCAGAUGAACAAUUGCAGAGUUCAGAUAGCCUCCUGGUAGUAAAACGUACAAGAAAGAGGUCAAAAAGGCUCACAAAGGAAGAGAGGAACAAAACAUACAAGCAGUACACUGAAGAGGAACUACAAAUGGCUGUCGAUGCGGUCCAGAACAAUGAAAUGUCACAUACAGAAGCGGCUGAGUUUUUUAAAGUGCCCAGGAAAACUAUCUCUGCUAAGAUCUGUAAUAUUACUGACAAAGAAGAGGAACGAUCACAGAGUCCAGAAGAAAAUCGUAAAAGAAAAUGGCCGAAGAAACUACCACAUAAAGACAGAAACAGAACAUACAAGCAGUAUACUGAAAAGGCACUUAGAAUGGCCAUUGAUGCUGUGCAGAAUGAAGAGAUGUCACGUAGCGAAGCGUCAGCGAAGUUUAAGGUGCCUAAGAAGACUCUAGACUCUAGACUUAGACUUCAGAAUUCUAUUGCCAAAGACGAGGAACCGGAUGAUGAUGAUGCAUCAAAAAUAAUAGACCAAGAAAAACACUACAAACUCAGAGAGGAAAUUAAAUCUAUACUCACCUACACAAACGCUAUGCCAUACAAAUCAAGGUUGUCAAAGUACUACUGUGCAUACUGCUCUACAGAUGGACCAAGUUUUGAUGACCCCGAUGAUUUGAGGACUCACACUAAAACAAAGCAUGUCGAUGAUCGGACCAAAGGCAUAGAUCAGAUGAUGAGACCACACUGGCUUAAUGAGGUGUUAAAGAUUGAUAUACACAGUCUUCAUUGUACAGUUUGCUAUACAAUCCUGCCGACUUGGAAUGACGCGCUCCGACAUCUUGAAGAUGUGCACGAGGUUGCUCUAGAUGAGGCCUACAACAGAGUUAUACCUUAUGUCCUUGCAAGGGAACCGAAAUGUGCUUUAUGUGGAGAAGCCUUUCCGAGUUACCACAUACUGGAUGGACAUAUGAACGCUCAUUACAGCAGCUACAUUUGUUACGAAUGUGGUGAUACUUUCUUAUCAGCAAACCGACUUAAUAAACAUGUGAAAGUGCACAAUAUUGGGAGGUUCCCUUGCGAGGUUUGCGGCAAAGUGUACAAUUUAAAGAGGUACAUGACGAAGCACUUUACCGUGGCACAUGGACAGCAGGACCAAUACAAAUGCUCGUAUUGUCCAGAAAGAUUCUCCAGACCAUUCCAGAGACAUCAGCAUUUACUUGAAAAACACAAAGAGACGGUCAAGAUAAAGACUUGUGAGAUCUGCGGAAAGACAUUCGACUGGAUGCCCUACUACUCAGUUCACAUGAGACGAAAGCAUGGGAAAGAAAGGAAUGCAAACAGUGCAACAAAAGAUUCCUUAAGUAGUAUGGGGAACUUUGUUUGUGGAGUGUGUAGUGAGAGAUUUAAAACUAAAGCCGGUUUAGUGCGACACUCUCACCUGCAUUAUAACUUUCCAACAGCAAAAAGUCAGACGGUUAAAUAA